AGGCUUCGGCAUCCAAAUGUAUUGCUUUUUAUGGGAGCAGUAACUUCACCUCUUCAUUCGUGCAUUGUCAUAGAAUACCUACCAAGGUUCUUUCUCCACUUGUUCUUCUGAAAAUAUGAAAAAUGUGACAGACUUAUUUGAUUCUUGCAAUUUGGUUUUACUUUAUCCGAUAUUGCAUUACCUUUCCUCUUUUGUUGAUUUUUUCUGUUGUUUCUGUCAUGCAUAUUCUGUUAGAAUUUUAGCUCUUAAUCACCGUUACUAAGACCUAAACAUGAUACUAACUUAAUCAUAUGCUGAAAACAUAUUUGACCCGACUAUUAACAUGUUUUACAGAUCACAUAAACUCCAUCCAUAUAAACCAAGCAUAUUCAGUUCAUAAAACAACUUAACAACACCAAACAUGUUUUGUAGCUUCAACACAAUUGGCAUGGAGUGGUUUAGAAGAAGAAGAAGUAAAUGAUCUCUUUACUAAUAAGUUAAUGACUUGGAUUUCUACUUCUAUUGCCUCAUGCUUGAACGAUGGAUAAAACGGGUUCUCUUUUACUGCAAGAGGCUAGAAGAGAGUCUGUCAUGCUGGCCACAUGUCUCUCUAAUCUUUCCAUCAUGAGUUAGAAAGACGCACCUCAUUGCUACAUGGGGCAGCUCACUAGUUAUCAUUAACCUUAAGCGGAAAUUUGUUUCAGUUGCUUCGACGUAAGACUGCUAGAUUAGGUUGGAGGCGUCCUGCUCUAAUGGCCGUGGACAUUGUAUGUAGAGUGGAAUUUUGUUGUUUGCUAUAUUCUGAAAUCUGAUACCUUUUCAUUUAAUGCUGUUAACAGCUACUUCUGUAUUUUUAUAUUCUCUUUCAUUCAAAUCAAAUUUCAAAAUAAUGCACUUCAACACAUGUCUUUGUCUUCCAAUCUAACUGGUAAAAGUAGGUCUUCUUCCUCCGUGAAUCAUGCGUCAGUAUUUUCUGAACCUUCAAUAGGCACGAGGUAUGAAUUAUCUUCAUCGUUGCAAUCCGCCAAUUGUCCAUCGCGAUUUGAAGUCAUCAAACUUGUUGGUUGAUAAGAACUGGAACGUGAAGGUAUUUAUUUUUAGACUUCCCUUUCUUGUCCUUCUCUAGAGAUGUUACAGACUUACAGUAGAGAGAAAUGUCACAUAAUCACUUUCCUCAUAUUUUGAUUAAGUUGGUGAUUUUGGGCUCUCUCGGCUCAAACAUGCGACAUAUCUCGCUACAAAAACAGGGAAAGGAACGCCAUAGUGGAUGGCUCCGGAGGUUAUCCGUAAUGAGCCCUCAGAUGAGAAGUGUGAUGUUUAUAGCUUUGGAGUAGUGCUGUGGGAACUUGCCACACAGAGGAUCCCUUGGGAGACGCUAAAUACGAUGCAGGUAGAUUUUGAUUUAUCCAUGGCUGAUAUGGUUGUGUGGAAGCCUAGUACUUCAGGGGAGUUUACUAUGAAAGCUACUUAUAAGGCCCUGGCAGGUGAAAAUAAUGAUGUUCUUUGGAAGAACCUUGUCUGGUUUAAAAAUCAUGUGCCAAGGCAUUCCUUCAUCACUUGGUUGUGCUUACAUGGUAGAUUGAAAACCAGAGAUGAAAUGGUAAAAUGGGGUUUAUUAUCAGUUGCUACUUGUGCUUUAUGUGAAGAAGGCCCUGAAACUGAAGAGCACCUUUUUCAUUCUUGUAUUUUUUCUGCUGGAAUCUGGCUGGGGUUAUUGCUUAAACUGGGAAUUUUUAGAACCAUGUGUGGGAGUUGGAGUGAGGAACUUAACUGGUGUGUUCAAGCUUUUGGUGGUCAGACUCUAAUUGCCAGAGUAAAGAAACUGGUGUUUAAUAGCUAUAUUUAUCACUUGUUGAGAGAAAGGAAUAGUAGAAUAUUUGCUGGAAAAUUCUCUUCUGCUGAUCAAGUGGGUUUCUUGAUUCUGGAGGAUGUUAGAGUUAGAGUUAGUUCUAUUCAUUGCAAGGCUGAGGAAAGCUCUCAUUCUAGAAGCUUUAUGGAUAGACUUAAAAUUAGCUGCCAGUUUGUACCUCCUUCUAUUACUACUUACUGCUCUUGGCUGUUUCCAGACCCAGACUUAAUCAUGGUGAAUACUGAUGGGUCAAGAAAGGACCAUUCAGGUGGAUGGGGAGCUAUUUUAAGGGACUGCUCAGGCACAGUCUUAGCUGCUGCAAAAGGAGGUGGUCCUCCCAUGUCUGUCAAUGCUCAUGAGCUGCAGGGAGUGGAGUUGGGUUUAAAUCUUGCCAUUGAGAAAGAAAGUCUGCUGUUUCAUCGGGGAUAUGUAGGUGAUUGGAGCUGUGGGUUUCAUGGACCGACAGAUUGAGAUUCCAGAAGACACAGAUCCUUAUUGGGCUUCUCUAAUUGAGAGCUGCUGGCACAGUGAUCCAAAAUGCCGUCCAACAUUCGAGGAACUGCUGGACAAGUUAAAAGUACUACAAAAGCAUUAUCAAGUUCAAAAGCACGAGCAAGUACCAGGUUUGCCUAGGGCGACUAAUUAAACACCAAUUAUUGACAUUUUGGAUUGAAUCUCAACACACAUUCUAACUCAUCCAGGAGUAGGGAACAAAAAAGGGAAAGGAAAAGGAAUAGAGAAAGUAGCAAGACGUAGAUGGAUAAUUCAUUCUUAUACUUCAUGGUUGACAAUUUCAGAGUUAAUGGAUUUGCAUUCAUAUUGAUUGUAUUGCAAAAUGAUUGGACGAAUUAUGUUAACAUCUGUGUCGGUUUUAACGUAGGGCUAUGGUCCUUGAGUAUAUGACUUCAAAAUGUACUCUUAUUCUCUAUCCAUGAUCAAUGUAGGAUUCAUUCUUCUGGAGAUAAAAUGAAA